AAUAAACUUCAACAUAAAGCUUUCACGAGUCGCGAAUCCUGCCGUGUUUACGGACAACGGGUAAAAUAAACGUGCGUUUCUUUGUUUGGAAAAGUGUAUGGAGGUUUCGUGUUAGAGAAGUCAGGGGGUCAGCAUUCUUGAUGGUGUCAGGAGACGAUUCAAAUGGUGGCCGAUUAUCGAGGAAAAAUACCAGGUCCCCAAACCGCAAGUCAAAGAAAGGAGAUGCAGACCUAGCUAAGGGGUCAACGUUGCGAAAUGCUUCGCAACCUUCUGUUCACAAACGAAACCUUUAUGUUGUUUCUUUUCCCAUAAUUAUUUUAUUCAAUAUUUUACGAUCAAUUUUAUACCAACUAUUUUUGAUAUUCAAAUACUUAUAUACGGCUUCGCAUCGGUUCAUGAAAAAGCCUCGUAAGAUCGGCGAGUGCAACUUAGAAGUUGUAGUGAAAGACGGUAUAGUGUCCACAGAGAUAGCUCAAGAAGAUAUGUCUCAUCACGUCGGACCAGGCGAUCCACUGCUGGCCAAGCAGAAGCAUCAUCAUCGCAAAGCUUUUGAAUACAUAUCGAAAGCUUUGAAGAUUGAUGAGGAAAACGAAGGCCAAAAGGAGCUAGCAAUAGAACUGUACAAGAAAGGGAUUUUUGAAUUGGAGCGAGGUAUCGCUGUCGACUGCUGGGGAGGUAGAGGAGACGCUUGGCAAAGAGCUCAAAAACUACACGACAAGAUGAAAACAAACCUUGGAAUGGCUAAGGAUCGUUUACAUUUCCUUGCCAACCUAGUCGCCCUAAGUAAACUGGGUGUUGAAAGCGAGCCAGAGAGGAGUGACAAAAAGCCAACUGAAUCACCUCUCAAGGUCCGAAAGCCGCUAGAGAAGUCCAAGACAACGUUACUGUCACAUACAGAAAAUAAUUGUGGUCAAACAAAGCUGCCGACAGAAGUUGCAGGACGAAAACUGACGACGGCAGGCCGAAGAGUGCCUAGCAGUGGAGGAGGGCCCUUGAUGAAAUCUCAGACUUUGCCGAGGUCCAUGGGCAGAUCAUCCUCCCAGCCGAACAGCUCUAACGGGGGCUACACACGGUACCCCAUGAAGCCUGCGUCUACACCGCCGGCUGUUAAAAGACAGUUGUCUAGCGCGUACCAGGUGCCGGUAAACGGUUCGCCAGUCCGCCGGGCGGUGAGUGGCUCGCAACGCGGUACGCCCACCAGAAGCAGGACUCCGCAGCCCGCGCUAACCGUCCGAGGCGUCGACCCGAAGCUGGUCCAGCUUAUACUGGACGAGAUAGUCGAAGGAGGACCCAAAGUAAACUGGGACGAUAUAGCUGGCCAAGAGGCAGCAAAACAAGCAUUGCAAGAAAUGGUUGUUCUACCUUCGUUGAGGCCCGAACUCUUCACCGGACUCCGAUCGCCAGCCCGAGGCUUACUUUUGUUUGGACCUCCAGGAAAUGGCAAGACUCUGCUAGCGCGAUGCGUAGCGGCCGAAUGCUCAGCGACUUUCUUCUCGAUAUCCGCCGCGAGUCUGACCAGCAAAUAUGUGGGCGAAGGCGAGAAGAUGGUGAGGGCUCUGUUCCAAGUCGCUAGAGAACUGCAGCCUUCAAUAAUAUUCGUGGAUGAGGUAGACUCGCUGCUGUGCGAGAGAUCGUCCGGCGAGCACGAGGCGUCUCGGCGGCUGAAGACAGAGUUCCUGGUGGAAUUCGACGGACUCCCGGCGGCCGGAGCCGACAGACUCAUCGUGAUGGCCGCCACGAACCGACCUCAGGAACUGGACGAGGCUGCGUUGAGACGGUUCCCGAAGCGCGUGUACGUGUCGCUGCCGGACGCGCGGGUGCGGGCGGCGCUGGUGCGCGGCGUGCUGGCCCGCGGCGCCGCGCAGACCGAGCUCGCGGACGACGAGCUGGUGCGCCUCGCCGCGCUCACUGACGGCUACUCCGGCAGCGACCUCACCGCGCUCUGCAGGGACGCCGCGCUCGGCCCCAUACGAGAGCUGGAUCCCGAGGAAGUCAAAUGUCUGGACCUGUCAUUGGUCCGGAGCAUUACCUUCCAAGAUUUCCUAGAUUCGCUGAAAAGGAUCCGACCUUCUGUGUCUCCGCACAGCCUCGUCGCGUACGAGAAGUGGUCCGUGCAGUAUGGCGAUUUGGGAUUUUGAAUUUUUAGUUGAGGGUAGUUGAGAUAUUGGCUACGAAUAUAAGCGGAGCGCCCGGUCGUAAGAUGUCGGAGACAGUUCUUCGGCGCGACCACGCGGCGGCGCUUCGCCCCCCGACACACGUGAAUGCGUCGCAAUCCACAAAACGUCGCUCAAAUGUUAACUCGAAUCUCAUGUUUUAUUUCCAUAUUAAAAAUUUACAAUUUAAAACGGAUGCCGAUUCUGUUCGAUGACAUGCUUUGAAUUAAAUAAAUAUUGUUAAAUUAAUUAAAAAAAUAAUAAUAAUAAUAAACGAUAAUAUUCGUGUCUAGUCAGUAAUGUUUUGGUUUAUACUAAUGAAUUAAUAUUGUGUUUUAAUUUUAACUUGCCAUUAUAUUUUAAAUUAUUAAUAGAAAUGAAAUGAAAUGAAAUUACUAACUUCAAUAGCACAUUCUCUAAAGAAAUACCUAACUUUGAGUCCCAUUCGUUUUCACUAAUACGCACGUUAAAAUGUGGUCAACACCGUCACAUUAUGUAAGUAAACGAUUAGAAUGAAAUAACUAAGGUAACAUUUCUUUCGCGAAACUAUUAAGUUAUUAUUGAAUAGCGUCUUAGUCAAUUAUAUGCGCUGUUGUUACUCGAUACAACUGUAAUUUUUAAUAAAUCCAUAACUUCCCAAACUUAUAAGGCGGAAUAUAAACCGGAUAACUUAAGAAGUAGCCUUCGAUGUUGUAUAAACCUUAAAUGGACGCUUGCGCGCCGCUUUGAUUCUUAAUUAUGUCGGCUUAUAUUCCCGUUAUUACCCGUCCAAAGUCAAGAGGAUAUUGUUAGAUUAAUCCCGAAUCCUAAUGCUAAGCUAAUGUAUGCUUUGAUGUUUCAUCCUUUUGGCUAAAUUGACGCGGCUAAACUAUGCGUAAAGCUUUUCCAAUUAUUAGAAUUGUAUGUAAACAAAAACCCCAGUGUUGCUCAUAAUUAUAACGAACGUGUGAACAAAUCACAGAUAUUGUUACUGUUGUACAAAUUUCGUUAACCAUUUUGUUUUUAAGAUUGCGUAACGUAUAAUCCAGUGUUUAUGAAAUUUAAUUUUAAAUAUUUUUAUCGACAACCCUAGCCUUGUUUUUUUUUUUUAAAUCGUCUAAUGUCUUUCUAACAUUUUUUCAUCUUUCCUUCCUUAGAUCGUAAUAGACAAAAAAAAAAAACUCGUGCAACGCAAAAGGGUUGUCUUAUUAGAUGUUUAUUAAAUUUAGAUGUUGCGUAGAAACACUGCCCAGUGUUAGAAAGUUGUUUUUUGUUUAGGUAAAAAUGCGUUUAUAUUUUGAUCCUGCGACGAAAACUAAAUACAAAUGUACUUCAAACUUAGUACGAAUGUUGGCAUUUAUAAUGCAUUUUAGGGUUGCUAGAUUCACGGUUUCAUAUUGAUAGGUUUUUGUCGCACUAUCGAUAAUCCUUAUUCGUAAUUGUUGGCAAAGUAUGUACUUAAUCUAAUUAUGUUGACUUGAUUUUAAUAAUGAUUAUCGUGGUUCUAUUAUGCGUUAUUAAAUUAUAUAGUUUCGAUACAGAGGUUGCAGUUCUUAUGGAUAUUUUAGAUUGUUGUUUAAUAGCCAUUUUAGAGACUUCCCCCAUAAAUAAACACUCGUUAAUAUAUAUCUGUAUCGAUAGUUUUAUCGAUAUAGAUUUCGUUAACGAAUUUUGUAACACGAGUCUUGAGUAAGUCGAAUGAUGCUCAAUUUGACGAGCUAAUAAUACAUAAUAUAUUUUCAUAAAGGUUUGAUAAAAAUAAUUAUAUGUCUUCGAAUUAAUAUAUUAAUUUAUUUUGGACCAGAAUGUUUAAUAUGGUGUCGAUAUUGUGUGCCAUUUAAAUAAUAUGCGGAGUCACUAAAAUCCGGACCAUUAAUGGGAUUAUAAAUAUCUUUCUUAACUCGAUUAUAUAUAAGCAAUCGACGCAUACGAAUCAUCCAUAUUCUAAUAAUCAGUAGAUUUAAUGUCAUUUUAGUAAUUAUGUAAUUUAUAUUUUUAUAAGUAAUCGAAAAAUGUAUAAUGAAUUCAUUGGAAAUAUUGGCUUUUGGAUGUUUUAUCUUUCUAUACAACAAUGAACAUUCAAGUAUCGCACUUAAAUAUGUCUCAACUAUAUAAAUAUAGUUAAAAUGCAUUUUUAGUACCUAACCAUUAUCAUAGUGAAAUAGAAGUUUGAUGAAAUAAUUUAUUUCAAUAAAUCAGUUGAACUAUUAGUUAUUAAUUGCUUAAACCUUAGAUAAUUAAUGGAUUCAUUAUGGUUAUUAUAAAAUUUAUACCUUAGAUAAUUAAUGGAUUCAUUAUGGUUAUUAUAACGAUAACAUUUAUCGUAGUUUGUAGACGCGAUAGUAUUGUGACGCGUCGUCACUUAGAUACGCGUCAACUAUUAAUUUUUCUGACGCGUUAAAUUUUGUAAAUUCAUUGUUUCGUUGAAUGAAUAUUUAUCGUCUUCGUGGCGAACUCGAUCCUCUUAACUUGCCACCGUAUAACCUGACUUCAACAUCGGAUAUAGUCUAAAGUACAACAUCGAGGAGUGAAAGUGACAGUUAUUUGGUUUAAGCGACAUUUUUGCAACUUUACAGAAAAUUUGGAAAAAAUAUCAUAGCAAAAAGAAACUUCUUGAGCUAUUCGAAUGGAGUAAACUUAAUUGAAGCUCAAUUAAAAACAUCGAACUGUUGAUGCUAUAAUACCAAAUAAAACGGAUCUUUAGUUACAAAGAUAAAUGUCACUUAAAACAAAUAGUCGCGGUCAAACCAAAAUCUGCUGUGUGCAAAAACUCGUAUUUCGAAUUAACGAGUAAAAACAUUUUCGUAUAACAUUUUAUAUGAAGGUGAAUUUUUAAGAACUACAUAUAUCGAAUGAAAGCUAUAGAUAAAUAUUAAAGCUAUAGACACAUAAUUUUUUUAUUUUAUUUAUAUUUUAUUAUAGAUAGGGCUGUGAACUAUACGGAAAGGUUAAAAAGUAAAAAUCUCAAAAAGUGCACAUAUCAGAUUUUGGUUUGACAACGACGAAAUAGCGAAUUCACCCCUCGACAUGCACUAUUUUCGUUUUGAGCGAACUCGCUUAUUGACUGAUGUCAAAGUCAGGAAUACGAUCAUUGACUUGCCAUUAUAUCGUUUCGUUCGAACUUAUUGAACAAGGAUGUGUAAUUAAUAAAUAAAAUCGAUAGUUCGUUAACUAACUUCCUAAAAAGACAGCGAUUUGUAGUAGUGUUGUUAAAAGAAUUAGAUAGAGUAUUGUAGUGUAGUUAAAUUUUAAAUUAAUGGCUUUUUUAUGAUUAAUUGAAAUGAUAAAAAGUAUUGUGGCGUAGUUACGUAGGUACUCGAUUGUAUAAAUUUUUGAGUUUUCGUUAAGUUUUAUAAAAAAAUUUACAAACUUUUGUACUAUUGAAUAUGCAAUUUCGAAAAGGGCACAUGUCGCAUAUUUUGUGAAAUACGUUUUUUCAUAUACAUGUAGUUUUGAGGCUUACCUACACCCAUUUUAUAAUAAUUCAAGUAAUUUACAUCUUUAAUUUACAUACAUAAUUACAUUAAUUUACAUACUUAACAUCAGGUGGGCUGUGAGCUCGUCCAUCCAUAUCAGCAAUAAAAAAAAAAUUUUCAACUGCUAAUUGACACUAAAAUAUAUCUCAAAAGUUAAUAUUUUAAAUUUUACACUGCUUUAGAAAAUAAUCAGUUUUUUUUUUCAUUUCCUGAACAUUUUACAUUUUCAGGGAUGUGCCCUUUUCGAAAUUGCAUAUUCAAUUAAAAAUUAAUAUUAUAGAUUAGUAAAUUGAUCAGCGAAUGAAAUAAACGUAACUGGUUUGGUUUUAUGAAUUUAUAUUUUGAAUUUGUUCUAAUUACGUCACAAUUUAUUGUAUAGAUAUUUAAAUAGUGUUACCAUUCCUUGUAAUUAUUAGUCUGAUGUAGCAGUUAGUUACAUUUUGCUUCUCAUAUAGAAUUUUUUUUUAACUGUUUGGAGCUUGUCAUGCAAUAAAUGAACUUGCUCACGUAGAAUUAAUAGAUACAUAGAGUAGAUAGAUCAUAAUUGAGGAUGAUUGAUUUAUCUCGACGGUUUUUCGUUGCAAAAAUUACUUGUAUAUAGAAUUAGCUUGAAAUUGAAAUUAAGGCUGUAUCGAAGAUGAUUUUCUAAGGAUUUCCCUAUACUGGUGGUAGGACCUCUUGUGAGUCCGCGCGGGUGGGUACCACCACCCUGCCCAUUUCUGCCGUGAAGCAUUAAUGUGUUUCGGUUUGAAGGGUGGGGCAGCCGUUUUAACUAUACUCGAUACCUUAUAACUUGUAUCUCAAGGUGGGUGGCGCAUUUACGUUGUGGAUGUCUAUGGGCUCCAGUAACCACUUAACACCAGGUGGGCUGUGAGCUCGUCCACCCAUCUAAGCAAUAAAAAAAAAAGAAGUGAUAAACAUCCGAGAGUUAAUAAAACAUUAUCUUAUUAUUAACAUUAUCUUUGAUCGAUUUCAAGCGUAAUUUUGUGGACAGUAUUGAAAUUGCAUGAUAAUUCCAAACGCUUAUGCAGGAGGCGAGUGUACGGUGAAAUAACAAAAAUUGUAAACGAAGUUGUGAUUUUAAAAUAUCCAAACGUUUUGGUUGUGGUUUUUUCUUUUUUUUUUUUUGGAAAUGUUUUUUCACUUGUGUUUUUUUUUCUAAUGUUUACCUAACGUUUCGUGUGUUAAAUUUCCCCGGUUUUCGGGAGUUGUGUGGUUUUGCAGUAACACGUCGUUUGGAUAAUGCACAGGUUUUUUUUCUUCCAAUAAAGUUGCAAUUACCAAUUAAAACAAAACACACCGCGAAUAAUAAAGACUUACAAAAUUUGUUACAGUAAUUAAUUUGUCUAGCGUGACUUUUACGCCAUUUAUGCACUCUGAUAAUAUCUUUGUCCAAUGUUUUUUUUCUGUAAAAAAAGAAUAAUUAUGGUUUCACAAAAAUGUUUCAUUAAAUGUAUACAUAUAUGCAUUACACGUAUUUUUUUGAACAAACACUUUUUAAAUUUGAUAUUAUAUUCAUGUUGCUUAGUGAUUUUUCUUCAACGAUACUAACAAUACAAACUAAUAAAAAAAAAUUUCAAAGGUUGGUUGAUUUUUUUUAUAUAUUUUUUUAUUUUAAACACUUAUUCCCUAGUUCCCCAAAAACUGCGCAAAUAUACCAUAUAACGUGGACAAAGAUAUUUCUUAGUGGCAUGACUUAAACGCCAAAUAGCUUUGAUCAAGCUCAGACGCUGCUAUUAUAUAAUUAUUGAAACAGACAUGAUAAAUUCUUGUUACAAAAGACAUACAGGAUUGCUUUCGAAUUCCAUAUUACGUAUACCUAUUCUAGAAAUUAAUCCAUCUCUGUGAUAUGGAUAAAAAGGCUUUAUUCUCUUCGUAUUUGUCUGAAAAUAAUGAAAAACUUGCAGUUUGUUACUUGAUGCUGUAACAAAAAAUUCAAUAACGCAAUAAGGUGAGGUGCUAAAUUAAACAGGUCUGUUAGCUCUAAUUGGCUUCCUUAAUUUUUUUCGUAAACAAAACCUGACGGUCAUGAUGCGGGAAACAAUAAAAGAACAAUAACAAUUUUCGUCAAAAAACUUUGUAUUGUAACGAACAAAAUAAAAAAGAGAAAAGCAAUUUGACUAAUUAUUACAUUGAAUUUUUCAAUCGUUAUUAACACGUUUCAGUGGAUACGGAAAAGAAAAUGUAAUAAUAUUAAUUAACUAUACAUUUUUAAUAUGAAACAAAUUAUGGAAGUUAUUUAAUUAAAAUAAGUUUAAUCGGAAUAGGCCUUUUCAUGCUGUACAUAUUAUUUUCAAUAAAGCUCCGAUUACAUUUAAAAUUGACAGGGUUGACAAUCUAUUCUAUAGUAUUAAUAUAAAUACGAAAAUAACUCUCGUUUGUCUGUUGCGUUUUUACAACUCAGACCAUUUUCGUAAUUCGAUAAGGAAAUAGCUUUGUCUAUGCGCACAGUACUACCAACGAAACAAGACAAGCAAGGGCAUAGACAAGCUUUGAUAAUUUGUAAUUGACACUGGUGGUAGGACCUCUUGUGAGUCCGCAUGGGUAGGUACCAACACCCUACCUAUUUCUGCCGUGAAGCAGUAAUGCGUUUCGGUUUGAAGGGUGGGGCAGCCGCUGUAACUAUAAUUGAGACCUUAGAACUUAUAUUUCAAGGUGGGUGGCGCAUUUACGUCGUAGAUGUCUAUGGGCUCCAGUAGCCACUUAACAACAGGUGGGCGGUAAUCUAGUCCACCCAUCUAAGCAAUAAAAAAAAUCACUACUGUGAAUGGGUCUUCCCCAAGGCGACGUAAAGUCAUUACACGGGAGCGCAGCUCUGAACGAAAACUUAAAUAGACAUAAAAGUUUACCCGCGUCGAUUUGAGCUUAUUCUGUCUAAAAUGACAUAUGAGUAUGAAAAGGUCUAUUGAAUAAUUGAAAUUCUAAAAUGCGGUUGUAAUUGUUUUGUAUUCGUUCGCCUUUAUGCUAUUGUAUUUUAUUUAAGCGCACGAAUUUAUCUACAUGACUAAAGUUUUUAAUCUUAAGAAAUCGUUGAGCGUUACAGGAAUAUAAAAUGUGGUUUCCCAAAAUAAUUGUUGUAGAAUUUGUAUUAAUUGGCAUUUUUUACCGCGGAGUCUCCUGUUUAUGUGUUAACAAGAGAUGUUCGUGUUUGUAAAAUACAAAUAGAUAAUCUAAAUAUAUCAGGGAUUCCCAAAUUGUUUUUGGGUAAGAGACCCCUUUUUUAAAAUGCUAUCACUCGUCUUUUUCUUGUUCAUACAAAAUGCUUACCAAUUUAAAAACUUUGCGAUCGGUUAAGUUAUUGAGUGAUAAUGUGAAAUUGGGAAUCCCGAUCUAUAUCCUAUAAUAGUAAUUGUACAACAAUAAAGACGCCUGAUGGGAAAUGAACAACAAUAUGACGCAUAAUAAAAAGGCCAAUUAAAACGCUAUGUAUGUGUGGGAAUCACUUUUUUAAUGUAUAUUUCGUAAUUUUCAUGAACUAAGCACACUAUUGCCUAAAUAUCGUGAAUAUUAUACAUUACGCAUAUGUGAUACACGGUUUAUAAAUAAACAAUUAAUUUGUGAA